AAUAAAUCAAUCGAAUAAAAUUACAAUCGUAAAAGAAAAAAGAAAAGAAAAUAAUAUUGCAUUUAUUCUUGAUAGAUCUAUUAUGAAGAUCGAAAUAGAAUAUCAUAGAGACUGAUGCUUUUGGAAUUAUCAAUGGUUGAUGAUGUUUCCUUCGAUCGGUGUCUCACCGUUUCCCUUUGAUCUUUGUUGACCCUUGAAACAACGAUUAUCAAGGCUAAAUAUCCUCGAGUUAAACCGAUCUAUCCUUAAUUAGUGAUCCAAGUGGAAACGGUUUAAAAUAUUCAUUCAACAUUUAGAUCGUUGUGAUGAAGUUUAACAUAAAUAACAAUUUAAAGUGUAAUAAUUUUCAUUAUUUAUUGUCUCCCAUCGAAGGAACUUGAACUGUUCUGUGUGGUCAGUUAAUAAUAUGGGUAAUAUUAUUACUCGUGUUAGAUUUAUAAUCAUUUAAAAAAAAUAAUCAAGAGAAAGAGAAAUAAUUGAAAAAGCAAAAAACGAAAAAAAAAAAAUAAGAAAAAAAAGUAAAGCAACGUAUACACAUUUGAGAAUGAAAAUCGUGUCAAGAUCAUCGAGUCCGGUGUCAGAGUUGUUGGCUGUGAUAUACACGAGGGAAGUAUCUUUGGCUGACUGAGAAAAAAAGAGAAAGAGAGAGAGAAAGUGAGAGAAAGUGAGAGAGAUAGAGAUAUUAUACCUAACCGGACUGAAGCGUCUCUUGUGGCGUCGUCGGCCUGCGUAAUAAAAUAGGCGCCAGGGUUCCGGAUCGAAAACAAACGUAAAUCGAGGGUGGAAUAACGAGAAACAUGAAAUAACGGAAAGGUAAAGGUGAUAUCACCCAAUAUAAUAAUAUCAACUUUAGUCAAGGAUAAGAAAAGGGAGAAAAAUAAAAAAUGGACAAGUACGGAGUUGAAUUUCCUAAACGUGACUGGAGUCACAGGCUUAGUUUGCGUGGAAGUAGAAGAAGUCAUCAGAGUGACAUUGGUAAUACUAAAUCGACAACAGGAUCAUUGAAAAGUACAAGAAGAUGGGCUAGUCUACGACAACAUAUGGAAAACAACGAGGGUGGUAAACCACGAGUCGAAUUACUCUUAGAUCCACCAGGAUCUAAACCUUCGACUCCUUCAACACCCCAUACACCACACACCCCGCACACACCUAACACACCAAAGACACCGCACACGCCUGUAAAGAAGUCUAACUGGGAGGUUAUCGAGCACUUUACUGGCCCACCUCGUCCCUCCAUUAUCACGAUGAACAGAGGAUCGGAAGUAGGGGGUUGUAUCAACGUUGUUGGUAAAGAACCAAUAACGGAAAUUGUUUCAAGUCCUAUAAUAACUCAACCAUCAAGGAAAUGUGCUUUCUGCAGAUUUUUAAGCUCCCUUUGCGCAUCACAUCACUUCAAAAAUCUUCAGGUGGAAAUGCUCUACCAACGUUAUUUCCUUCGCAUGAAUCAGAGUAACAUGACACACGUGCUAGGUUUACUAGCAGGAUUGGCAUUCGCUCUGGGAAUGUUACUCAUCAUUAGAUUGAUUCUAACCGAUGGCGAACCCUUACUUAUGCUACUUCGACGAUCCGAAAAUCUUUCUCUAGCAAUUACCCUAGUCAUAUGUAUCAUCGUUUACGCAGCAUUAGUAGCAGCCAUUUCGAGGCCUGGAAUGAACGAAAUUUGGUUGGCAGUUGUCAGUGGUGCAGUAUUGGUGACACUGUUGGCAUUACAAGUUACUUUGAACAUUCAUUUGGCCUAUUUGCACGAGAUUCAGCAGAAAAAUUACGAUGAUGAUGAGAAUGAAGAAUCUUCAUCUUCUUCUACAUCACCAAUACCUCCCUCACCUUCGUUGUUCACAAUACGAACUACGAAAGAACUUCGUACAGGUGGACCAUUGGCAGCAGCUUGGGCAGUUUGUUUUUUCAUCUACAUGGCGUAUGCUCUUUUACCGAUUAGAUUAAGGCACGCCUGUAUCGCUGGAAUUUGUUUUUCGAUUGCUCAUCUAGUUGGUGCUUUACUGUUAUAUCCACAGGAUUAUCCUGCUAUCAUGGCCCACCUUUUAAGCUCAAUCGUGGUGGUUGGUGGAACAAACGUUGCUGGUGCCCUGACACAUCAUCCUAGAGAAUUAGCUCAACGUCAAGCAUUCCUUGAAACUAGACAAUGCGUCGAGGCACGAUUAACAACUCAACGAGAAAAUCAGCAACAGGAAAGAUUAUUGCUGAGCGUACUACCAAGACACGUAGCAAUGGAGAUGAAAGCAGACAUUGCUGGAAAGCCAAAAGACACGAUGUUUCAUAAGAUCUAUAUUCAACGUCACGAGAACGUUAGCAUUUUAUUCGCAGACAUAUGUGGAUUCACGUCAUUAUCCGACCAAUGUACAGCGGAAGAACUCGUACGAUUGCUCAAUGAAUUAUUCGCAAGGUUUGACAGAUUGGCUGCCGAGCAUCACUGCCUAAGAAUAAAACUCCUUGGAGAUUGCUAUUAUUGCGUUUCGGGUCUACCAGAACCAAGACCCGAUCAUGCCCACUGUUGCGUGGAGAUGGGAUUGGAUAUGAUUGAUGCGAUCACACUGGUACGCGAAGUAAUGGCAGUAAACGUAAAUAUGAGGGUUGGUAUUCAUACUGGACGAGUACUUUGUGGAGUUCUAGGCUUGAGGAAAUGGCAAUUCGAUGUUUGGAGUAACGAUGUUACUUUGGCAAAUUACAUGGAAAGCGGUGGAAUACCAGGUCGAGUGCAUAUUACAAAAGAGACCUUGGAUUGCUUGGGAGGAUAUUACCAGGUCGAGGAGGGACGUGGCGACGAGAGAAACUCUUAUUUGAAGGAGCACAAUAUCGAAACUUAUUUAAUCGUUCCUGGCGAUACUUAUAAAGACAAUGUACCUGCAUCUGGCAUAAAAAAAGGAUUCACGAUAAAUGGAAACGUGUCGAAAGAAAUGAGGGUUAUGGGUCAUGGAUCCCAGCAUGGCAAACAAACAAAAUUAGGAUUUGGCGAGAUUGUUGAGUGCGAAAAAGAUCCAGAAGAUGAAGUAAAUGAAUAUCUUAUGAGAGCUAUAGACGCAAGGAGCAUCGACCGUCUAAGGGCAGAACAUUGUACACCUUUCAUAUUGACGUUUCGAAGGCCUGACAUCGAAGAAAAGUAUUCACGAGAAAGAGACAGGAUGCUUUCCGCCUACUUUGUUUGUUCUGGUUUCGUUUACAUGGUUGUUGUGGUUGCCAUAGCCAUUACUCUUUCCGGGAGUAUAUAUUUCUACGCGUGUACCGGCGUAAGCGUAUUGGUGAUAGCUUUGGUAAAUGGCAUUCUACUUGCUGAGAAAAACGAGACGGUACCAGAAUGGGUAAGGAAUACGGCUGUGAGGAUUUUUGAAAAUCGAAUUAUUGCACAAAGCAUAGCUACUGUCGUUGUCUUUUUAACUUUCAUCACUGUCCUUUCACCCAUGGUAAAAUUAGAUGGAAGCGAAGCAUGUGAAAAUAACACUUUAACUACAACCACCGAAUGGCCAACAGUAAUGGUUCAAAGAAUUGAAAUGAAAGAUGGACCAUGUUACUAUUCACUUUUCUCCGACUUAUUUCCUGUUCUGGUGAUGUUAGUUAUGGUUACCUGUGCGGUAUAUCAAAUUUUAACCUCGGUUCUGAAAGUAGCUGUAUUGGGCAUCGUCGUCACCUGUUAUUUAGGUGUUAGCAUUUAUCAAGCAAGUAAUGAUGAUAGUCUUGAUCCUGCCGAAAAAUGGUUAGCCGGUGUAUUGGUUGUCUUUUUUAUGGCGUGUUUGGUCGUUCAUUCGCAACAUACCGAAGCUACUUACAGAUUAGAUUUCUUAUGGAAACUUCAAGCAACCGAGGAGAAAGAAGAGAUGGAACACCUGAAGGCCUACAAUCAAAAAUUAUUGGCAAAUAUUUUACCGGAACACGUGGCAGCCCACUUCCUUUCCACCGUUAAUUCCGACGAGCUGUAUCACGAGCAAUGCGACUUCGUUUGCAUAAUGUUCGCCUCAAUACCAAACUUUUCAGAGUUCUAUGUCGAGUUAGAGGCGAAUAAUGAGGGCGUAGAGUGUCUCCGACUUUUAAACGAAAUCAUUGCCGACUUCGACGAGCUUCUAGCUGAGGAACAAUUCAAAUACAUCGAGAAAAUUAAAAGUACUGGUGCCACUUAUAUGGCAGCAUCUGGACUGACGAAAAGCACCUGUGACAUGAGGGACUACAAACAUGUGACCGCCAUGGCAGACUAUGCUUUAAGAAUACGCAAACAGCUGGCAGACGUUAAUGAACAUAGUUUCAACAACUUUAGGAUGCGUGUGGGGAUCAACAUAGGACCGGUUGUUGCUGGGGUGAUAGGUGCAAGAAAACCGCAAUACGACAUUUGGGGUAACGCUGUUAACGUGGCCUCGAGAAUGGAUUCUACUGGAAUUUUGGAUAGGAUUCAGGUCACUCGUGAGGUUCACGAUAUUCUAUUAGCCAAAGGUUAUCCACUUAUUUGUCGUGGUAGUAUAGAAGUUAAAGGAAAAGGCAGUAUGACAACGUAUUUUCUCAAUGGACCACGUGAUACUACGAAGAUAAAUAAUAGUACAGAUAUCAAGAAGAUUAAUAAUACUGAAAUUUUAACGAGGGCUAAUUCAAAUCACAAUAAUAAUGCUAAUAAUGUCAACGAAAGAAUAUCGUUACCCAAUAAUGGAGCAACACUUUGAAGAAGAGGAUGAAAAUAUACAAAAAAUAAAAGUUAUUAAAUAAAUAACACGUUCUAGUACUGAUAAAAACUUUCAUUAUCUGGCCCAAGUUGUGCAAUAUUUUAGAUACGAAUUAAACAAGAAGAAGAAGAAGAAGAAGAAGAAGAAGAAGAAGAA